AUGCCGUUGGCCCAAGGCAUGCAAUACUGCCUCACGAUCAUCGAUCGCUUCACAAGGUGGCCGACCGCAAUCCCGCUACCUAACAUUACAGCCGCAACCAUCGCCAAGGCCCUGUACACCAAUUGGAUAGUAAACUUCGGCACGCCACUGUCUCUAGGUACACAACUCGUCCACACCACAUCAUACCACCCGCAGUCCAAUGGGAUAAUCGAAAGGAUACAUCUCACUCUUAAAGCCGCUUUGAGGUACUGCACACAGUCCUGGCUAGAUGCCCUACCAAUGGUGCUGCUAGGUUUGCGCACCAGCUUCACGGAGGACCUGCAAGCUUCACCCGCAGAGAUGCUGUUCAGCACCACGCUUCGCAUCCCAGGCGAGUUCUUCACAACUGCCACUGCACAAACAAACUCGUCAGCCUUUGUAAAUAGCCUCUAUCAGGUGUUCCAGAGCAUUAGACCUUUUCCAGCUUCUCGGCACGCCACCCAGCAUCCAUUCUGGAAACCCCUAGAGCCGCCCUACAUGGGCCCCCACCGGGUGAUCAGCCGCAACGACGACCGCACCUAUGUAAUCAACGUCGAUGGAGAGGAAAAAACAGUCUCAACAGACCAGCUAAAACCAGCCUAUGCCAGCUAA